AUGUCUGACGAACUGGUCUGGCAAGUUAUAAAUCAACAAUUCUGCUCGUAUAAAGUAAAAACCAUAACACAAAAUUUUUGCCGUAAUGAAUAUAAUGUCUCCGGUUUUUGUAAUAGGCAGUCAUGCCCACUUGCUAAUAGUCGAUAUGCUACAGUUCGUGAGAAAGAAGGAAUACUUUAUUUAUAUAUGAAAAUACCUGAAAGAGCGCAUACUCCCGCGAAAAUGUGGGAAAGAAUCAAGUUAUCCAAAAAUUAUCAACGGGCACUUGAACAAAUAGAUAAUGCAUUGCUUGACUGGCCGAAUUUCUUAAUUCACAAGUGUAAACAACGGUUAACAAAAAUCACUCAAUAUUUAAUAAGGAUGCGGAAAUUGAGAUUAAAAGAUCGACCAAAAUUAGUUGGGAUAAAAAAGAAAACAGAAAAACGUGAAGCAACCCGCGAGAGAAAAGCAGAAGCAGCCGCACGAUUAGAGAAAGCGAUUGAAAAAGAAUUGAUAAAUCGACUGAAAAGCAAAGCGUAUGGCGAUGCACCGCUUAAUGUUAAUGAAGAUGUUUGGCGAUCCGUGUUGGAAGGUGAUAAAAUCGAAGUGGAAGAUGAUUUAACAAGUGAAAGUGAAGUAGAGGAUCUGAGAAAGAACGAUGAGGAGCGAGAAUUUAUUUCCGAUAACAGCGAAGAAGAAAUUGAUGACAUGGAAGAUAUAAUUGAAGAAUAUGAACAAGAUGAAGAGGAAGAUGAUUUAUCAGGGUUUAGUAAAAGCAGUGGAGGAGCUUAUGUUGAAAUUGAAUACGAACAAGAACAAGAGCCUGAGCCGAUGAUUAAUAUUACUUCAUGGUAG